AUUAGUGCAUAUUAAUGUGCAUUGUUUUACAGUGAGUUAAAACGAGCGAGGUGAGGCAGUAGACCGCCGUAUGUCUGCCCCCUUGCUGGAGAGCGAGAUCAGCGGCUGAUGCGAUCUGAGAUCUCCUGACAUUGUUGCUGAGCUCUGAGCAGGAAACGCCGCUGCAAAACACAGGCCUGCCAAAGAAAGAAAGAAAGAAUGAAUGAAUGAAUGAAAUUUGCGCGGGGCGAUGCUUUAUUGUUUUGUAUUGCGGUCCGAGCGAUUAUAACUGCGAGUGCGCUCUUUUGUUUUGACACUGUUUGUUGUGAAGCUCUCUGACUGUUGAACUUGCUCGUAGUUCGCAUAGUGUCAACAUGAAUGGAGACAUUUGACUCCGUUAGCUCUUGCGUUUCCGGUAUAAUGGCAAUAGAUCGCUGUAUCCCAGCAAAGUGUUGUCAACACCGCAAGAGGCGGGGUUUUAAUCAUUGUUUUUAAUAGCUUGCUGAUUGAUUUAUGGCUGUCAUAUUUUAAACAUGUAGGCACAAACAGUUGCUGCCUGUAUUAUGCUUCUUUAUGGUGACUACAGUAUCUCAUUAUAGCUGUAAUCAUUUGCUCAAAACCAGGGUGCGAAUUAUGGGCCUGCCCCCUAAUUAAGGCUUUGGGGUGUCUUCAAAGUAUGUGUUCUUGCUACAAGAAGACUACAUGUAUGCAAUUCAACAGCAUUUUCAAACAGUAACUGCAGGCUUGUUAAUAAACAUUAUAGUGAACUGUGUUAGACUGAGGAGGAAGCCUGUUUUCCAGUAUGACUGCCCUCAGGCAGAGGAAGGGCAGUAAAGGGAAGGAGCCGGGGCCCAGCAUUCAGAACCUGAAGCCAGAGUGUAUAAAUGAACCUAGAGAGAGGUUUGCAACAGGUGGAUUCUCAUGGUGGACAAUAUUGUGUGUAACCAUUGGCUCAAUAGUGGGAGUUAGUCUGGGCUUGCUGUGCUGCAUCUAUGUGGCUACACUUCAUGAAAAUGACCUGUGGUUCUCCAAUAUAAAGGAAGUCGAGCGUGAAAUCUCCUUCCGGACAGAAUGUGGCCUUUAUUACUCCUACUACAAGCAGAUGUUGAAAGCCCCUUCUGUACAGCAAGGUCUUUAUGAGCUUAUUCAUGACAACACUACUGAAUCCAAGAGGACAAUAAACAUCCUACAGCGUAUGAAUAUCUACCAGGAAGUGUUCCUUAGCAUUUUAUACAGAAUACUUCCUAUCCAGACCUACUUGGAGCCAAUUUAUUUCUACAUCUACACAGUUUUUGCUUUGCAGACAGUGUAUGUCUUCGCUCUCUUUAUCACUAGCUGGUUACUCAGUGACUCAUGGCUGGCUGGAGCCCUCAGUGGAGUCUGGUACAUCCUUAACAGAGUGGACACAACGCGUGUGGAGUUUACCAUCUCUCUAAGGGAGAACUGGUCAAUACCUUUCUUUGCUCUUCAGGUGGCUGCCAUAACCUGCUACCUAAGGCCACAGCUAAAACCAAUUCACCAGAGGGUGGUGCUAUGGCUGGUGUUCGUCUCCACCUUCUGCUUCUGUUUGACAUGGCAGUUCAAUCAGUUUGUCCUGCUGGUGCAGGCCCUUAUAAUCUUUACUCUGGAUUGCCUGGACUUCUUCACAGCGGAACAGGUGGUCUCUCUGUACCUGAUGCAGGUGUUGAGUCUGUUAUUGGUGUGGCUACUGCAGUUUUGCAAUACUAUGAUUCUGGGUUCUCUGGUGCUCAGCUUCAUUGUGUCUGCUCUCUUCAUCAAACACUUCCAGACGGGGCUAAAGACGGGCAGCUUUGUUAUACGAGUAGGAAAACUGGCUCUUCACACACUCUUAGUGCUCACGUCAACUUUCUCUAUCAAUUAUUCAGCCAAGAAAAUACUCCAGCUGAAAUCGGACGAGCACAUCUUUAAGUUCAUAAAGGCCAAGUUUGGCUUCGGGGCAACGAGAGACUUUGAUGCCAGUCUCUAUCUGUGCGAAGAGGCAUUUGGCCUGUUGCCAUUGGAUACAUUUGAGCGGUUGGCUGGCACAGUGCUGCUCUAUCCGUAUCUGUGCACCCUCAGUGUGCUCUUCAUCUUGCUGCUGCUGGUGGCACUCUCUAAUCUCAGCGCAAAUGGGUCAGGCCAAGCAAGCAGGGAGAAAGAGGACAGGACCUUUAGGAUGCGGCCAGACGUCGCUUACAAUCUCUUGCACACUGUCUUCUUUGGUCUGCUCGCCUUUUCCACUAUGAGAAUGAAAUAUUUGUGGACUGGCCAUAUGUGUGCAUUUGCUGCCUUUGGGGUGUGUGGUAAGGAGGUGUGGACGUUGUAUCUGAGAGUCCUCCACUGCAACACUAAAACCGCGAUGAGACUGAUCAGGUACUCUGUUCCUAUUGUAAUUCUGGCGUUUCUUUAUUACAAGUUCUGGCCCAGACUGAUGGAGGAGAUUUCUGAACUGAGAGAAUUUUAUGACCCAGACACUGUGGAGCUAAUGGACUGGAUCAGAUUGAAGACGCCCAAACGGGCAGUGUUUGCAGGCAGCAUGCAGCUGUUGGCUGGAAUUAAGCUGUGUACGGGAAGAGUAUUGACAAACCAUCCACACUACGAGGACCAGGCGCUGAGGGAGAGGACCAGACAGGUAUAUCAGAUCUAUGCGCGUCAGUCUGCCGAGGAGGUUCAUAAAGUGCUCGGUUCGGUUGGAGCGGACUACAUCGUGCUGGAGGACAGCAUCUGCUACGAGCGCAGGCACAGCCGUGGCUGUAGGCUGAGGGACCUGCUCGACCUGGCAAACGGACAUAUCAUGGACGGCCCAGGUGAAAACGAGCGGGACCUCAUCCCGGCGUCUCAUCCACGGUUUUGUGAGGCCAUUAAGACUGACACUCCUCCAUAUUCAACCCUCUUCUCACGAGCGUUCAAAAACAAGACCUUUCACGUGUACAAACUCAAGAAACUCAAGAAGAAAAACAAAGCUGAGAGCGGUCCGUAACGCUGGUUCCUCAACAGCAGUUGCACAUCUUCACUGGAUGGCUCAACGCCCCAUCUGGAAUGUGCAAUGAGUGUGUGAUAGUAGCAGGUGUGUGCGCGACUGUGUGCUUGAGAGAAAUCGGAGAUAUGCCUGAUUGAGCCAGCGCACGUUAGAUUUGACGCGUGUUUGUGUGUGUAAAUCUUCUGUGAGCCGGUCUGCCGCAACAGGAGCUUAAGUUUAACGUGGAGAGAAGAGAGGAAAAUCUUUUUCUCAGACUGUCGCAUUCCCUCGCACUCUCUUUGAUCAUCGCUUCUCUUUUGACACGUGUCCUUUCACCAAGCACAUAUUUAUGUUUGUUGCACAGUGUCAAGAUGGGCUACAUCCUGCUGUCUGGCUGCUUUUAUUGUAUACAGUUGUAUAUACCGCCAUACGCAAAAGAACAAUAACAACAAAAUGCUGUUUUUUGUUAACUCUUACAUCAA